CUCCGUUAGCUUCUCGUUUUUUCCCGCUGGAGCUUUUCAUUCCCACUCUGAAGACUGAGCAGUAAACAGGUCCACGCCCGCCGGACCGAGUCGAACCUGUGGUUCCGAAAGCUCACCGACCACAUUCGCUCGUUUAAACUAAAUUAUUGUUUUUUUCCCCAUCGUUUGGUCUUCGGUUACGUUCGGCUCUCGCGCGCUGUUUCUGGACGAGUCGCGCCGGAGUUCCCCUCCCGAUCUGGGGCGACAGUGAGGAAUGUUCCGGGCUGCGGGCCGCCGGACCGGACACGAUGGAUUUUAGGGACCUGGACCGACACCUGGAGGAGAAACUGAGCCUGUCUGACAACACUCUGCCCCUGCAGUUGGACUCUCAGGCCUUCCGGAACGGAGACAAGUCUUCAGGGAAAGACCUCCUGACGUCAGACGACUCCGCAGUCUCGGACCUCUCUCCCAAAACAGACUCCGCCCCCACAAAGACAGAUGCCUCCUCCAGAACUGAAGCCAGGCCCUCCACCCCUGGCUCCAGCAGCAGUCCCCAGCCCAAGAAGGAGUCGAUGAGCUCAGAGCAGCGACAGAAACUCGCCAAGGAGCGGCGGGAAGAGCGAGCCCGAUACAUCGAACAGCAAACUGAGCUGCAAGCGGCUAAAAAGGCCCAGUGGCUGGAGAAGGAGGAGAAGGCCCGCCGACUGAGGGAGAACCAGCUGGAGGAGCGCAGGAGGAAGCUGGAGGAGCAGAGGCUAAAGACAGAGAAACGCCGAAUUCUGCUGGAGGAGAAGCAAAGACAGAAACUCGAGAAGAACAAGGAACGCUACGAGGCCGCCAUCAAGAGAUCCACCAAGAAGACAUGGGCGGAGAUCCGCCAGCAGAGGUGGUCCUGGGCCGGCGGACUCAACCAGACGUCACGCAGAGAAAGCAGAUGCUCGGCCUCCACGGUCAACUUGCCAAGACAGGUGGACCCUGUCAUUAACAACAGGCUGUCCAAGUCCUCUGCCACGCUCUGGAACUCCCCCAACAGAACCCGCAGCCUUCGCCUGAGCCCGUGGGAGAGCCGGAUCGUGGAGCGGCUCAUGACGCCAACGCUGUCCUUCCUCGCUCGCAGCCGCAGCGCCGCUACCCUGCUCAACAGCAGCGACUCUCACUCUCACCAAUGCUCCCGUUCAGCCUCGGCCAGCCCGCUCAGCGCCUUCUCGCAUCAGCACCGCAACACCGCCGAGCGCUGGCGAGCAUCUUCCGCCAGCACGCCGGACAUCACACAGCGGCAGCGGCGGCGCAACUCCACACCGGUGGAUAAAAAGAAGAAGGAGAAGAAGGACAAAGAGCGGGAGAACGAGAAGGAGAAGAACGCUCUUACGAAAGAAAGAGUCCAGAAAAAAAGACAGACGGCGUCACCGACCGGCACCAACCACAGAUCCAGACAAGAGAGCAGCACCCCCAGGCCCAAGAACAGACCUCCAUCUCCCGCCCCCAAAAGCCGGCCCCUCUCUCCUCUGGUCCCAGCCGCCAAGAAGACUCCUCCUGCAUCUGGCACCAAGACUAGGCCAAAACGGGCUCAGACGCCCGCCAGGGUGCAGCCUCCGGUGGUUGCUGCGGUUGCCGUGGAGACCGGACCGGCAACCCCAAAGGCAGACCAAACAGAAGAGAAGAAGACCAGCCGCAAUGUUCCCGCCAUCGUGGUGUCGUCCGUCGCCGCCACUCCCCCCUCAGUCAGCCCCCAGGUGCAACCGGGACCUCCUCCAUCAAGCUCACAGCCAGCACCUGCCUCCACGCCUGCCCCAGUCGCUCCCACCACCAAACCGUCUGCAGGCACCAACGACCCGGAGGAGGCGGCCCGAGCCCUGGCAGAGAAGAGACGACAGGCCCGGGAGCAGCGGGAGAGGGAGGAGCAGGAGCGCCUGGAGCAGGAGCGCCUCAGCAGGCUCCUGCGAGAGGAGGCCAUGGCCCGGGAGGCAGAGGAGAGGAAGCGCAGAGAGGAGGAGGCCCACUUCAUGGCGGAGCAGCAGCGCCUGAGAGACGAAGCCCAGCGAGCUCGGGAGGAGGAGGAGGCGCAGGCGAGGGCGAAGGCCGAGGAAGAGGAGAACGAGAGGCUGCAGAAGCAGAGGGAGGAGGCCGAAGCCAAAACCCGGGAGGAGUCGGAGCGCCAGCGCCUGGAGCGGGAGAAGCACUUCCAGAAGGAGGAGCAGGAGCGGCUGGAGAGAAAGAGGCGUCUGGAGGAGAUCAUGAAGAGGACUCGCAAGAGCGAAGCAGGAGAGAAGAGAGACAGCAGAGGGCCUCCCCAGGUCAACGGCUCCGAACCCCAACAAGCCCCUGGGAGCCUUCAGGUCCCCCCUUCUGCGUCGCAGAGCAGCAGCGUGGUCGUUAACGGCAUCCAGCCUGCCACUCAUCACAACGGCGUCUCUGCAGACGGAGACCUGGGUAUCAUGCAGCAGCAGGGCGGACGUGUCGGAGACCCACGGCUGACCUUCGAGGGGGCGGAGCCCUUCCUGAUGAAGACGGCGCCGAUGAAGCCCCAACAUGUUGCCGAGGUCCUGUGAGUCGUCACGGCAACAAGCAUCUUCACUGGAGCUGAGAGAUAACACGCACACACACACAUGUACACAUGCGUACACCCAUAGCAGCUCCUGCAAACCGAGUGCCAAACGAGCGGAGUGACCCAGAGGAAGAGGAGGAGCUGACCUUUGAACCCUCAAACUAAAACACUCAGAUAUACGUUUUAUUUUCUAGUUUUACUCAAACGUCACGUGCAGAUCUGAUGAUGCACCUUAAAGAUGGCUGACUGUAUCAAAGUCCUGAUCUGCGCUCUGCAACCCGGAUCAGCGGUCGCUAUUAUUACCGUCGGUGAUAUUGUCCUCGUAAUCUUACGUUGAGCUGUGUGUGUGUUUUUGCUGUUUUCUGUCUUGUUGAAUUUAUUUAACGCAGUGAUGGCAGCGCGGGUAUAAAUGUAAAGAACCCCGCUACCCCCCAGCUGCAGGACGCCUGUGAAAUAAAGCUUUAUGACCGAGA